CAUGUCCGUGGUACUUCUUACUGGGCAUCUUCACGUAUUCAAUAGUAUACACAGCGUGCGUCCUGUUGGUCUUGCAUGUUCCUCAGACUCACAGGAUCAUGUUAUUGAGUCCUACCUUGAUGACAGCUCUCAUCCCGAGCUUCAUUGACGUGUACGUGUUUUCGUUCGUGUAUGCGGUUGGAGUUGGUCUUGAGAGGCUCACAAAGGACGUGAAGGAGGAGGCGGACUGGACCUUCCGGGAGGUGAAGGCGGUGGCUGACAAGUGGCUGCGAAUCGAUAGCCUUUUGAGGUCGCAUAAUGCGUUAUUCUCCUACCUGCUGUUUGUCCGCCUCGCAGUGUUCAUGACGCAGGGCAUGGUCUCCCUCUUCUCCCUCACCACGCUGAGGACCUGCGAGCAUGGCGGAUCCUACGUUGCAUCCGUGCUGAUCCCUCUUCUGGAAUCCGUGGUGCGGGUCCUCUGCAUCUGUGUUGCUGGGAAUUACUUGAUGAGUAAGCACGAACAUCUUCUAGAGAGUCUGCGAGCGGUGGAAUGCGAGGAAACGCGCACGCAGCACCCGCUGAACUUGCCUCGCCUGUGUCUUCACGACCUUCUCAACCGCAUGGAAGCGUCACCCUCGGUUGUCGAGAUCUGGGGCAUGGAAUGCCUCAGUUCCCGCACCUGCUCGAAACUCUUCAGCGUAAUUUUGACCUACCUCUUCAUGCUUCUCCAAAUGCAACCAUCUUCCAACCAUGAAAAUAGUCAAGAGGAACAGCAGACAUAUAGAGACAUGUAGAAGUUAUUCGUGAAAAGGUUAUAAAACAAUAAUCCACAUAACUGUUGCAUUUGCAGU